AUGGCCUCCGCCGACGCCAUCGAGGCCACCAAAACCAUGCAGCAGCCCCAUCUGCAGCUAGCCGCCAAGAAGAAACGCCUUCAACUCUACUACGAGAUCGUCCUCAACGUCAUGGAUUCCCUCAUCGACAAGGCCGACGAUCCGAACGUCAGCAUCAGAUGGUGGGUCGAGUACAAGUACGAACCCGCUACCAAGCUCUCCGUCGAGAUGGACGACGCGGGCAUGAAGCCUCUCAAGAAGCGCUUCAACAACAUUCGCGCCAUCUCCCAAGUUGACAGCAGAAUCCGCCGUCUUGUCCACCGAAGAUUCCCUCGCGUCCCCCUGCGAGAGGGUAUGGUCCAAGGGAAGCCGCUCGCCCCCAUCCGAGCUUGGAUUCGGGCUGAUAACGACCUUUUCAUCCCCUCGUUCCUCACCGACCUCGGACAGAAUGGGAUCGCCUUCCAUCAAUCCCUCACCAUGCCUACCCCAACAGGCUUUGAGUUCAUCCAGCACAUUGAGCAGAUCUUUCUCAUUGGCCUUGCUCUUAUCUCAGACCGCACCCUUCAGGGCAUUUACCGCCUGCCUAAUCUGAAGGCUGUCACAGUUGACUGCUUGGAUUUAAUGCCAAAAGGCUUUGUCAUGCAUCCAGGAAAGCUCAACAUUGACGGAGACGCCUUUCCUUUGCUUGCAGAGUGGCACAAGUCUUCACAAGCCUUCAAUGAAAUAUGGACUCCAUUCUUCCACUGCGGAGUCCACCUCUAUGCUUGCAUACGUGGUGCAAAGAAGAAUCCUGUUGCUGAGCUGUUUCCUACUCGCAAAGGCAUUCGCUUGCAAUGCUUGCACCCAAACUGCACCUGCUGCAACUACAACAACCCCACAAGCAGCACCACUUCCCAAGGUUAA